GGCUAGAUGGCGACUGUGGUGUACCCCCUAAUUGGUAGCGUACAGAGAACGACGGACGCCUAACGUUUUAGACAAAAAUCCACCGUAGAUCGAACCCAUCUUGAUUUCAAAAAUGACGGUUGGGAGGAGUUCAAAGAUGCUACAGCAUAUCAACUUCAGAAUGAGAUGUAUGCUUCAUGAUAGUAGAACUUUUAUUGGAACUUUUAAAGCAUUUGACAAACAUAUGAACAUUAUUCUUGGUGAUUGUGAUGAGUUCCGAAAGAUUAAGCCUAAAAGUAAUAAACAAGGUGAAAGAGAAGAAAAACGGGUUUUAGGAUUAGUGUUAUUAAGAGGAGAACAUUUAGUGUCAAUGACUGUAGAGGGUCCACCACCAACAGAAGAAAGUAUGGCCCGUGUUCCAUUAGCUGGUAUGGGUCCUGGAGGACCUGGUAUGGGUAGAGCAGCAGGAAGAGGUGUUGGUGGUCCCUCUCAAGGUGCUGCACCUGGUCUACAAGGUCCCGUUCGAGGCGUUGGUGGUCCCUCUCAACAAAUGAUGGCUCCUCAAGGUCGAGGAGGUCCUCCUGGUAUGAAUCCAGGGAUGAGACCACCCAAUAUGGGAAGAGGUGGUCCUCAGGGCGGUGGUAUGAGAGGCCCCCCUCCAGGAAUGAUGAGAGGUCCCCCUCCUGGAAUGAGAGGUCCACCAAGAUAGAAAAAAAUGGUACCAGUUGAAUCAUAUUUCAUAUUUCAUCAAAGACAUUUUAAAUCAUGAACAUUAAAAAAUGGAAAAAAAUUUAGUGUUGAACACAUGUUUAUAUCCUGAAGAAGUAAUUCAGUUCAUUAUAUUUUAUAUAUAUAUAUGUUAAUCAUUUGUAAAUAAUUCAUAUAAAUCAUUUGAACAUAUUA